AUGUCUAUUGCCUCCGAAGUCAAAGGCUUGCGCAAGCUGUAUGACCGUGCCGAGUCGGCGCGUGAACAUCUCGAUCGGCGGAUCGAUGGCCUCUUCAUUCAAGAGCAUACCGUACAGCCUCUGGUGAGAGCUGUGAAGAGACAGCACGAUGGAGAUGGCAAGCAAGAUCAACCUCCCAUAAGUGGAGCGUAUGGGUGUGCUUCCACGCCGCCCGGGGUACGAAGCGUGCGAAACCUCACAGAAGAUGCUCAAAAACCCAACGACGGUCCCAAAGUGGUAUUCGUGGAUAUCUCGACGGGUGCGGAUAUCGAUCAGUAUCUGCAACAUGCGAAUGGUCUGCGAGCUUUCUUCAUCCGCAAGAGGAACUCGAGCAGACCCUUGGCUGUGACUGAUGCCCUCUUCAAUGCCAUCCUCGACGGCCUUGAUGCGGCUCCCCAAUUCCGAGACCAGAUAUUGUUCAUGGGUAAAAGAGAUCCCGAGUACAAUACCGACACCGAACUGGAAAUGGCCUUCCUCCGGCUAAGUGCAUAA